GUCUUCUGCCCUGCCCACUAUUAUUAGCUUCACAGACGAUGAAUUUCACAAAACAUGUUUUGCCAGCUUCGACCAGAUGCGACGCAAGGGAAAGUUGUGUGAUAUUACCCUGUUGUCCGCCGCUUCCAGGCGGUUCGCUGCUCACAAAAUUGUUCUGGCCGCUACCAUACCGUUCUUCAAUGGCAUGUUUCUGAGUAAUAUGGCGGAGGUGAACAAAACUGAAAUCCCUAUGCUUGGAUUGGAUGCUAGCGCGCUUGAGGCGUUUGUCAGUUUUGCUUACACAGGCUCCAUCCAAAUAACUCCAUACAAUGUACAAUCUUUGUUGAUCGGAGCAAGCUUUCUUCAGUUGACAAGCAUUCGGAAUAUUUGCUGCCGAUACAUAGGAGAGAGGUUAUCACCUUCAACCGUCCUCACCGUCCGGUCUUUUGCUCUGAGCUUUAUGUGCAACAAUUUGCUCUUGGCAUGUGAAAACUACAUCUUUGAUCACUUUGAUGCUGUGUCACAAACUGACGCGUUUCUAUCCCUCGAUGGAGCAGAGUUGAUGACGCUUUUAGAAUCAGACGACUUAUGCGUGGCCAGUGAGGAGAAUUUGUUUCAAACGGUUAUGAAAUGGGUCGAGCAUGAGGACAAGGACGAGAAAAAUGGAGACUGUACGAGCGCACUUGACUUACUCCCUUCAGCCUUCGAAACACAGUCGUUGCCGUUCCCUGGUUUUGAAUAUGGUGUUUCGCAAAGUGAAUGUGUUAGCUUGCCGUCAACCUGGUCUGACCUCAAACGACCGCUUCCUUUCGGUUUUGAACCACCGAAUUCGACUGCGUCCAGCAACCUACAUGUCGCCAAAGAUGUCCGAUCACGAAUAGACCUACUCCCAGAAUUGCUGAAGCGAAUACGGUUGCCUCUUAUCCCAGCCCAUUAUAUUUCCACUGUGAUCUCCAAGCACAGACUGAUUCGUGAAAGUAUACACUGCAGAGAUCUCCUCGAUGAGGUGAGAGAUAUGUUGAUUCUGCGCAACCGCCCAUCUUCAGGUUCAUUCAGUUGUAAACCUCGUCGUGGACAGGAGGUAUUCGGGAUCAUCUAUGCGGUUGGUGGCCUAACGGUUAGUGGUGAUAGUCAUGGGAUCGUAGAGACCUACCAUCCAUCUCUGGGACGAUGGGAGCUAGCUGAACAAAUGCCUUCACAACGAAGUCGUAUAGGUGUAGUGACUUUGCAUGGUCUGCUCUACGCAAUAGGUGGUUUCGAUGGUACUUCACGUCUCAAAACCACUGAAUUGUAUGACCCGAAAACAAAAGUAUGGAAGACAGUGGCACCUAUGAACUUUGCACGUAGCGCGCUUGGCGCUGCCGCUCUGGAUGGUCGUCUAUAUGUGUGUGGAGGGUAUGAUGGCACUUCCUCGUUACGCACCUGCGAAAUGUACGAUCCGAAACAGGACAAGUGGCUUAUAAUUCCCAGCAUGAAUGAACCGCGUUCAGCCGGAGGCCUGGUCGCAUUAAGCAACGGUUGCCUUUAUGCCGUCGGUGGCCAUAACGGUUUAGCCAUCUAUUCCUCAACAGAGUGUUACAAUCCUCGUGCCGCCGGUCCCACGGCUCGACCGGUCACUACAGAUGCGCAAUCCAGUGGAUGGACCUUGCAUGCCCGCUUAUUCCAGUCUAGCCCUUGGCAACCAAUGGGGCGCAUGAUCCAUCGAAGAUGUCGUCACGGUGUAGCAGCGCUGCGAAAUCGAAUCGUUGUCGCCGGUGGAUACAACGGAGUCAAUUUUCUGCGGAGCGUAGAAGUUUUUGACCCAACUGCCGGACCGGAUAUAAACGGUCUGAUGGGUCAAUGGACUGAGAUCACUUCUUUAUCUGUCCCGAGGUCUCGCGUGGGGUUGGCUGUCACUGGUGGUCGGCUCUAUGCAAUAGGUGGCUACGAUGGGAUGACGCAUCUUCGAACUGUAGAGUGCUUCCAACCCAUCUCGAAUACCUUCAGUGCAUGCGACAGAACGCCUGUCGACGACGGCUCUCGUCUGACUAUUGCCAACCAGAAUGUGUCCAGCUCGGGGUUAAGCCACCCAGAUUCCAGCGUUGCAAGCAGUUCCGAUGAAGACUUUGAUGGUGACACCGAUUCUGCGUCAACAGAAUCCACAUCGGCUGCGAUUAGCCAUUCGCAAGAUUCGCAGACUAUCAGUCAACUGGAAGCCAAUACUGUUGUAAAUACACACAUCCGACAUCGCCCGUCUACAGCACCAACUUCUCAAGGAGCCUUCGCUAAUUGGCAGUGGGUUCCAGCCGCUUCCCUGAUUGCUCAUGAGGGUUGGGUGGGCGUAGGCGUUUUGCCGCUAGACGAAGUUCCCGGAGAGCACCUUCCGUCAAUAUCCCGUAAUUUGGAUAACACCCGUUCCUCCUUAAGGUCAAACAUAACUAUCAACAAUAAUAGAGCGACAACAUUCCGACCGGAAGAUGCGCGGUUUCGUCGUGGGAGAACUGCUUGAAGAGAAAAUUUCAGAACUUCUUUUCUCACUAAGAUGCUCCGAUCAUGCUUCUCCCUUACCACAGUCCACUUCCCACAACUCGUGGCCACUGAGAAUUUCGGCCACAAACCAUGUGCAAUAUCUAGUGGGUUUAUGUAUCGUUAGCUCAUUCCUCAACUCGGAUUUCGGAGUUCGUUACCAUCCUUCACGUCUCAUUCACGUUGUGCAGCUUUGGGAUGACUUAAUCUCUGUGUUCAUCCACCCUCGUUGCAGUUCUGUGAUCAUUCAGUUGUUUACACUAUUUUGUUGGACGCAACCUGUCAAUCAGGACGGCUGUUGUUUUUUUAUCUCAAUCUGUGCUGUUCAUUUAUUUACUUAUUUAUUUAUUUCGGCGUCCUAUGAUGCUCGCGUUUCACUAAUGGAACACAUCUGUUAUCCUUAGGUGGAGUCGAACCGUUAAAUUAGAGCUGUCUUG